CGGGAGAGACCGGGAAUUACCGAUAGGAGACCUGCGAAUUUCUUGCGGGCUUUUUAAUUUCGUAAUGCAAUGAGAUUCAGGGGAAAAUUAGUUGAUAUUGGAUGUAUACAACAUUUCACCCGUGUUGUAACAACUGUUUCAAAGUUGAUUAAAACAUGUGUUUUGAGAGUGACCACAUCAGCAUUGUAUUUCAUCUUGUCAGAGAAGGUUGUGAAUGGAGGUAUACAGAUCUGGUGUGAACUUCCUCAGGGUCACUUUUUUGAUGAAUAUGCAAUGGAAGGUGUUUCAGCGGAGGCCAAUGAAAUUUAUCUAGAGAUGUCCCCAGAAAACUUGGUUAAAGCCCUGAAGACAGCACAGAUGGCCAAGUGGGUAAAGGUGAAGCUGACUAAAAAGCAUGCACCUUGUCUUACGGUGGAGGUAGAUCUGCCUACAUUGGGUUCCCAUUCUCGAGUUGUUGUACAUGAUAUACCAGUGACUGUAGUACCACGUCGAUUAUGGCAGGAAUACCAGGAGCCAGAAGUUCCCCAGUUUGAUGUAAGUAUUAUUAUGCCACAGAUGAAGGUAUUGAGGAAUAUUGUAGACAAGAUGAAGAAUCUCAGCAAUAAUUUGUUAUUAUCUGCCAACAGACAAGGGGAGCUAAAAGUGUCCGUGGAAACAGACAUGGUGUCAGUCAGUACACAUUUCCAGGACCUCAUCAACCCUACUUCAAGGGAUGAUGCUGGACGUCCAGCACAGCUUUCACCAAAUUAUGACCCGGAAGAAUUUGCUGAAGCUAGGAUAGACAUUAGAAAAUUUGCUCAGUUUCUAUCUGGUCAGCAGGUCAGCCCAAGUAGAGUAAUAUGUAAUAUAGCUGACAACAGUGUGGUACAUUUUUACCUGAUGAAUGAUGAUGUUUCACUGCAAUAUUUUAUGCCAGUUAUGGUGCUAUGAUGAUCUUAUAUAACAAGCUAUGGACAAAGAGACUAGGAAAUGACAAGCUUGCUACCUCUUAUUUAAAUACAUUAGAACUUUUACAAUAAAAAUCAAACAUUGCAGAGAUUCAAGUGAAAUAUUAUUGUAUGAAAUAUUGUAUGAAGUACGAAGUACAAACAUAUACUUAUAAAAAUGAGAUUUCCACUUGCAAACAUUCUCUCAGGCCAAAGAGCAGAAACAGACCAAUAUUUCUGGCCAUAUUGUUUAGAAAAAAAUCAAAAUACUAAUUAUAAUGUUAUCUGUGUAACUGAACAGAACUUAAUGACAUGAUAAUUCCAGCAGUAAGGUUACGCCUUUCAAUAAGACCAGACUUCACUAGAUAGACCUCCAACUGUUCUACAUGUAGUGGAUGGCAUUGUUGUCAUAGCGACCGACAAUAAAACAAAGUUUAGGGCACAACAGGCCACAAAUAAUUCUGGAUAUAAAAAUUCUUGUCAUAGAAAAUAUAUGACAAUAAAGCAUUAACAAGAGUCUUGUAACUUGUAUUAAAUUAAUGUUUUUUAUGAAUUAUUAUAUGUGAUAUGUAUGUUUUGUAAGUUAAUGUUAAGUUAUAAAUAUU